GGAAAUUCAAUUUCGCGGAGUGCGCACGUCGACCAUCCAUGCAGUGCUGGGGCAUGCGUAGUGUGGGCCGGCCAUCGUCGACUUCAUACACAGUCGGCCGUUAACAAUGUCGGCGGUUCUUCAUGUAGCGAGGAGCAGCCGUGAGGCGUGUGUACGUGGUUGGAGGCAGUUGUCUGAAGGGGGUGCUGUGGGAUGUUGUCGUCGUCGUUAUGUCCACGGCACGGGUCGAAGUUGGCUGCGUGCAUGUCCAGCACCAUCACGGAGGCAAGGGCUUCUACCCACACGACUGUGCACUGCGCAAUCCUAUCUGGCGGUUCGGCCUUUGUCGUCGUUCGCUGCAGGGGUGCUCCUUCCACGCUUGUCCGGGAUCGGCACGGUGGUUGGUCGUUCUUCAAACCCACCUCCGCAUGGUCGAUCUUCGCACAACCGCUCUGGCAUGACGGAGAGAGUCGUUGUGGACGGUGAGAAUGCACAUGAAUAUGUGCAUGGCCCGUUGCCGUUCAGUGGCGAAGUGGGAGUGCUUGAUCUUCGAACACGGUCGACGGUCGAUCAUCAUCAGUGCUGCUACUGCCGUCCUGUUUACAUCUUCGUAACGAACGGGGUGGAUGACAGCGGCCGGCUGUGUUAUCGUGUGAAUGCGUCUUUGGUGGUGCUGUUGUUCUUCUUCGCCUUGGCUGCAGCGGUGUUGUUGGCGAUUGUUGCGCAAACAGGUGUGGCAAGGGCCUGGCACUCUUCGGGGUGGGGGAAAGAUCGGAUCUUUCGCACAUCUUGCGUCGUCAUGGAUUCGUCGAGGUGGAGGGCGGAUCCGAAUGUUGGUGGGGAAGGCGGUUUUCAGGUGGCAGAUCCUAGACAGCAUGCAGGUGUCGCAUAUGGUGCCUCCCCAUCCCCAGGUAUGCUACCGUUCCACAGGGGAGCCGUCGACAGAAUGCAGGGGCAGGCCAUGGGAGUUCCUUCGGGACCUGGGAUGUCGAUGCCGCGCAUGCAGUCCAUGAUUGCACGUCCGCGAUUGCCUUUGCACCCUGCACCACAGACGAUGCCAGUCGGGGCAGGUUACGUCGUUGACGCUUUGUUCAGCGCGCAGCUUGCUGGCGGGUAUGCACCGCCGGGUGUGCAAUCCAUGCCCACCGGAACGGCGUUUGGCAUUUCCGGUCAGGUGUUCCCUGCAUCUCAGGCCAUGGAUGGUGGGUAUGGCUGUGGAGCGGAGCCGCCAUGGUUGGCUCCGUGUGGGCAAAGCAGUCGGCGGACGUUGGGGCAAAGUACUCAGCCGACAUUUGGGGGCAAGUCCAUCCCUUCCCCCUCGUCAUGCAGACGCACUUCGAGCGAUCAGUCGGCGUCCAUGAUAGACGUCGACAGCGAUGACAACGGUGAAGUGCCGGCGGAUACAACCGGUUGGACGCCUGGAGGAGUUGGCGAUGGUGAGGGCACAUGGCAUGAUGACACGGGCGGGUCCAGUUACGGGGCAGAUGAAGAAGACGACGACGACGGCACUUCCACGCAGCCGGGGGAGAUGAACGAUGAAGAUGGUGGUCGUCUUGUGGAGGAGGGGGUUCAAGGGCGUCCAGGCGAGGACGCGAAUGCGGCGAAGGGUAAUCAGCAGAAGCGUGACAAACGCAACGGGCGUCACGGGAGUGACAUGGUUUUCUAUAACGGUGUCACACGUCACGACACCCGUGUGUAUGAAGUGCGCGUCAACGAUGUCCAUGCGAUGGACAUCACGGUUGGGUUGGGGCUUGUCGGCAAUGGUGCUUUGAGCCACAUCCUCCUGUUCGUGCAUGAGGUGGUGCCAAACAGAUGGGAAGGUCCCCAUCGGGACGCGGUAGGGGACACCAUCAAGUACCUUGUGUCCGCCAUCGCCGAAGAGUUUGAGAACCUCAUAGACGAAACGUCUUGGUACGACACCAUCUUCGACCCCCCUUUGGAGGGCAGGGGGUACUUGCACGGGCUGGUGGACACGUGGAUACCUGAGGAUGACCUUCGUUGGGAUCCAUUGGUCGAGUCCAUGGCGAAACGAACCGUCGGUGGUGAUGUCGUCGGCGGUCGGGACGUGGGAGAUGAUAGUGUCGACGAUGAUGAUGAUGACGAGUUAUAUGACGGCGGCGAUGAUGAUGAUGAUGACGAUACUUCGUCAUCACCAUCAUCAUCGCUGUCGUCAUCGAACUCGUCUUCAUCAUCUUUGUCGACACAAUCAUCAUCGACGUCCCAACCACCGCCGACAUCAUCAUCGGCGCUUCAUUCUGGUAUGGAGUCCAUGGACAGCGUCCGUGCAGAGUGUGCAUCGCAAUCGAGACAAUGACAUGCAAGUUCUCGCGAAUGUUCAUUGUUGUGAUCGAGGUUCUUUUAAUGAAUGCCGCACAUGUGC